AUGAAAAUGCAGCAGUCAAAACAGCAAGAAGGAUAUUAUGCUGUAUAUGUCCCGUCACCAGACGGGUUAUCUGGUGAAGGUGCCGUAUUCACAACCUUGAGGGAAGCAUCCAGUUUUGCGAACACGCCGGAAAGUAAAACAAAGGGUGCUCGUUUCAAGCGCUUUAAAGAUCAGGUUGACGCAAAAAAAUAUGCCAAAAAUGGUGAUAUGUUUUGUAAAAGCCCAGAAAUAUCAGUUAAAAGUCAAUCCACAGGAGAGCCAACUUCAUCUUUUCCAUCCGUAUCUCGAAUUAUGUUCAAUCGUUUGAAAAAGGCAAUCGAAUCAAAGGACGACGAAUUAUUCUUGGAAAUGGCUUUGCAGAAUCCACGUUAUCUAAUCAAUAUCGGAAGUGAUACACCAACAAUCGUAGUUGAAGGUUUUCGUUAUAAUGCUAUGCAUCUUGCAGCUAAAGUUGGUAAUUUACACGUUGCCAAAUAUGUUCUUCAUCUUGUCUGCGAUAGUCAAGUGUUGCUUGCUUUAUACGGGACGUCGGAAGAUGAUGUUAAGAUGCGCUCACGUUUACUUCUUGACUGUUAUCUCAAUAUGCCUGAUAAGGGUUCACACGAUACACCAUUACAUUUUGCAUCUAAAUUUGGGCACUAUAAUCUGGUUGAACUGUUUUUAAGUUAUAGCAUAUGCCAAAAAAAUCCUAUUAACAAGAUGGGUUUUACUCCUGCUCAAAUUUGUUGCACAAGAUAUGUUGGCUGUGAUAAGAAAAAUCUCUGUGCUGUAAUGAUAUCACUUUUCCUCUGUUUCUUUGUUGCACUUUAUCGUCCAACGGAUAAUUAUUAUUCAAUAAUUAUCCAACUUCUCGAUGAAACACCACCCAAUACACUUCCAGAUGAUGCACCUGGAUCUUUCGUAUGCAUGUCAGCUUUUGAAACAUACGAACUUGCAGCUUACGCUGGACCAUUCGCCGAUAAAGCUGUGGCACAGGAGUUUUGUGAAACAUGGAAAAUAGAAGAAAGAGAUUGUCGUAGGUUGUAUCCUCGGAAAGGUGCUGAACGUGUUGGACGUUGUCUUGCUAAUAAAUAUAAAAUAACUUGGAUGGAACGCUGGAGUUUUUGCAAUAAAUUGCUUGAUUUCCAAUCCUACUCAGGAUUGGAAGAAUUAAAUCGCCACCUUGUGAAUAUUAGAUUGCAUCCACCGGCUUGUUUAAUUCGCACUAUGAACUGUGAUUGCGAUAACGAUUCUGUGGUUUUUUCGGGUGUAUGUGAUACCGCGUUAAAUGAUCAAAGGAGUGAAAACGAUGACUGUAAAACCGAUGAUUUACCUAACAUAUCGCUAGUUCAUUUUAGUCAAAUUACUGAAUUUACUGAACUGGAAAUUCUUUCCACUAAUCGUUUUAAGAAGUUUUCAAAUCUUCAUUUGGAUUCAUCAUCAUCAUCUGAAACACUUUUGAAUUCAGGCGACUAUAUAUCUAAAGACUAUGUUUCCUUCGCGGAAAAUCUUAUGACCUCCGAAUCGCCCUUGACUUCAGAUUUGAAUAUUGUUAUUUCACCUGCUCAGCUUGAGCAGACUAACAGUAACAACGAACGAAAUGACUCUAUUGAUUUUGAUUAUUAUACACCACCAUCAUCGCCGGAGCCAAUUUAUAUUUAUGAAGGGAUUCCAUCGAAGGAUGAUGAGGAACUAGUAACUGCGCUUUCCCUGGUCGAUCCGCACCUGAUUGAGCGUUUUGGUGCGGUUUUUGAAUAUAUGCGACAUGUGCGCAACGUGCCGGAAGCGGAGCGUUCUCAUUGGCCAUUCACCGAUUCACCACGUGCGAAAAGACGCAGAAUGUAG